UUUUUCAUCAACGUAGGCUCUCCCUUACACGUGGGUAUUUAUUUUAUUUCAAUAUUCUAAGUGUAAUUGAAUUUAUGUUGUGUUAGUGAAAAUAAUUUUGUUUUCGUAGCUAGCUUCUCAAUUAUCUGCCCAAAAUCUGCACGAAGUUCAAUCAUGGGGCGGUACUCCUACGAGCCAGAAAAUGUUGCCAGAUCCUGCAAGGCAAGAGGUUACAACCUGAGAGUACAUUUCAAAAACACACGAGAAACAGCCAAAAAUAUCCAGUACAUGUUAUUGCGCAGGGCCAUCCGCUACCUGAAAAAUGUGAAAGAGAAGAAGGAGUGUGUACCUUUCAGACGUUUCACUGGUGGUAUUGGACGAUGUGCGCAGGCUAAAGCAUGGAAGUGCGUUCAAGGUAGAUGGCCUCAGAAGUCAGCAGAACACAUCCUUCAACUUUUGAGGAAUGCUGAAGCCAAUGCUGAUUUGAAAGGCCUCGAUGUUGACCGCCUUAGGAUUGACCAUAUUCAAGUCAACAGAGCUCCAUGUUUGAGGAGAAGAACUUACAGAGCUCAUGGUCGUAUCAACCCUUACAUGAGUCAUCCUUGUCACAUUGAAGUUGUUUUAAGUGAACAACAAGAAUUUGUACCUCAGCCAGGACAAGAGGACAAGACACCGAAAAAACUUUCGAAGAAAAAGUUGGCCCGACAGAAAGCCAAGCUCCGUGAUUAAUUAUUGACUUUUUUAUUUUUUACAAUAAACCAGUUAUAAAUAACAUUAAAAA